CUCUAGAGUGGUUACGUUUUCUUCAUUGUUUGCAACUUGUCAGGGAAGAGAGGAGGGGAGAGAGAGGGGGAAACCCUAGAUUCCGUGUGCUCCGUCUCUCUCUGAAUCGAAGGCGAUGGUGUUCUACUUCAAGGCACGACCAGAUGCUGGAGACUACACCAUCUUCAUGGGGCUUGACAAGUUCGAGAACGAGGAGCUCAUCAAGUACGGCUUCCCCGAAGACGUCUGGUUUCACGUUGACAAAAUGUCUUCAGCUCAUGUUUACUUAAGGCUUCACAAAGGCCAAGGUUUUGAUAACAUUAACGAAGGUGUGCUGGAGGACUGUGCUCAGCUUGUGAAAGCUAACUCCAUUCAAGGCAACAAGGUGAACAACGUCGAUGUUGUGUACACCCCGUGGUCCAACUUGAAGAAGACCGCCUCAAUGGAUGUUGGUCAAGUUGGUUUCCACAAUUCGAAGAUGGUCCGGACUAUCAGAGUGGAGAAACGAGUCAAUGAUAUUGUUAACAGGUUGAACAAAACAAAGGUUGAGAGAACCCCUGAUCUGAGAGCCGAGAGGGAAGCAGUGAACGCUGCAGAAAGAGCCGAGAGGAAGCAGCAUCUCAGGGAGAAGAAGAAACGUGAAGAGAUAGAGAGGCUGGAGAAGGAGAGGCAAGCAGAGAUGAGGAGUUACAAGGGACUGAUGGUAACUGAUAAAAUGACAUCCAACAAAGACAUUGCUUCAAGCAACAAAUCGCUUCAAGAACUCGAAGACGAUUUCAUGUAAAACUCUGAUUUGGUUUUUAAGACUCUUUCGUCCCAUUGAAAUGUUUCAGAGGGUUGAGUCUUUGAGUUGUGAGAAAAAAAACAGAGAGCAUUUACUCAGGUGAGAGCCAUUGAUUUGUUGCGAUCAUGGUUUACUCUGCCUUGCUGUGUUUGUUGAAAAUCAUUUUACCACUCUUAUAUUUUUACCUUUUUACAUUUUA